UGAAGUUGUGGAGAAGAGGAUAUCGGAGACAUCCAGCUACACCGAGGAGGAGGAAAGUAGAGGCUCUCUUCUUAUCGUUUCACUCUUCAGGCUGGGGAAUACAAUUAAGUCCUCGGAAGGCGGCUGAGAGAAAGCAAGGAAACGAGUUUGUGGCAUUUAAUUGGAGACCAAGCAUACCUAACAGUAUGCGGUGCAGUUAUGGCCGGCAAGGGUAAGACUGUCGUAAGGACGCUGGAGGAUUUAACGCUUGAUUCUGGUUAUGGUGGAGCCGCGGACUCGGUCAGGUCGUCCAGCGUGUCGCUGUGCUGCUCCGACACGCAUCAGUCCUUCUCGCAUGGGGGCAACUGCUGGCAUCUGACCGAAUCCAUGCACAGCAGACAGAACAGUUUGGACACAGUCAACACCGUCCUGGCGGAGGACACGGAGAUACUGGAGUGCUCGGGUCAGUGCGCCAAGCUGCCCGAGCUGGAGGACGUGCCAUGGAGCCUCGGCGAGGUGGAGGGCGCACUGAGGAAAGACGAGGAGCUGAUGGUGGGCAACCCGCCACCGGAGGUCUUGGCGCGGCUGUCGGCUCUCAUCAGCCGCGCGCUGGUGAGGGUGGCCCGGGAGGCGCAGCGGCUCAGCUUGCGCUACGCCAAGUGCACCAAACACGAGAUCCAGAGCGCCAUCAAGGUGGUGCUCUCAUGGACCAUCUCCGUCAACUGCAUCACGUCGGCUCUCAGCGCCCUGUCCCUCUACAACAUGAGCACCGGGGACAAGUUCAGCCGCGGCAAGUCGGAGCGCUGCGGGCUGGUGUUCUCCGUGGGGAAGUUCUUCAGGUGGAUGGUGGAUAGUCGGGUGGCGCUCAGGAUCCACGAACACGCCGCCAUAUACCUCACCGCCUGCAUGGAGAGUCUGUUCCGGGAGGUGUUCAGCCGCGUCCUGCGCAGCGCGCUGGUGGAGAGGGACAACGGGAUCCCCAAGUUUACGCUGGAGUCGCUGGAGCAAGCCAUCAACAACGACUCGGAGGUGUGGGGUCUGCUGCAGCACUACCAGCACCUCAUUUGUGGCAAGAAUUCAAGUGGUGUUCUGAGCCUGCCGGAGAGCCUGAACCUGCACCGGGACCAGCAGCGCUCGGGGAGGGCCGGGGAGUGUCAGGGGUACACCCAGGCCGAGCUCCGCACGCUGGAACAGUCGCUGCUCGCGACGAGGGUGGGCAGCAUCGCAGAGCUGAGUGAUUUGGUGUCCCGGGCCAUGCACCACCUCCAGCCGCUGCACAUCAAGAACCCCAGCAAUGGGACUCCAGUCCACCAGAAGACCACCACCACAGUGCACUGGGAGCCCGAGGCCCUCUAUACCCUGUGUUACUUCAUGCACUGCCCACAGAUGGAGUGGGAGAACCCCAACGUUGAGCCCUCCAAAGUCACCUUACAGACUGAGAGGCCGUUCCUGGUCCUGCCGCCGCUGAUGGAGUGGAUCCGGGUGGCCGUCGCCCACACUGAGCAUCGACGAAGCUUCUCUGUGGACAGCGAUGACGUGAGGCAGGCCGCCAGGCUGCUGCUCCCCGGUGUGGACUGCGAACCUCGACAGAUAAAGGCGGAGGAUUGUUUCUGUGCCACCAGAAAGCUGGACGCAGCCUCCACAGAGGCCAAGUUCCUGCAGGAUCUGGGCUUCAGGAUGCUCAACUGCGGACGGACGGACCUGGUCAAGCAGGCCGUGAACCUGCUGGGGCCUGAUGGCAUUAACAGCAUGAGCGAACAGGGAAUGACCCCUCUCAUGUACGCCUGCGUCCGCGGCGACGAGGCCAUGGUCCAGAUGCUGCUCGACGCCGGAGCCGACAUCAACAGCGAGGUGCCAAGCACAGUAAACAAGCACCCCUCAGUUUAUCCUGAAACGCGCCAGGGGACGCCACUCACUUUCGCCGUGUUACACGGACACGUCCCUGUCGUGCAGUUGCUGCUGGAUAAUAGAGCGAAUGUGGAGGGCGCCCUGCAGGAUGGGGCGGAGAACUACACAGAGACCCCGCUUCAGCUGGCCGCUGCUGCAGGUAACUUUGAGUUGGUGAGUUUGCUUUUGGAGAGAGGGGCCGACCCCAUGAUCGGGACCAUGUGUCGAAACGGCAUCUCGUCCGCCCCGCUGGGGGACAUGAACUCGUACAGCCUGGCAGCGGCGCAUGGCCACAGGAAUGUAUUUCGGAAGCUCCUGGCCCAGUCGGAGAAGGAAAAGGGGGACGUGCUGUCCCUGGAGGAGAUCCUGGCCGAGGGCUCAGAACACGGGGAGAAGAGGUUGGCACCGCAGGCCAACGGCGGAGGGACCCUUCGAACAGGAAAGGCCAAACUGAGGGCCCUGAGAGAGGCCAUGUACCAUAGCGCAGAGCACGGCCAUGUGGACAUCACCAUAGACAUCCGCAGCUUAGGCGUUCCCUGGACGCUGCACACCUGGCUCGAGUCCCUGCGUACCUGCUUCAUCCAGCACCGCCGGCCGCUGAUCCAAGGCCUGCUCAAAGACUUCAGCUGCAUCCAGGAGGACGAGUACACGGAGGAGCUCAUCACGCACGGCCUGCCGCUCAUGUUCCAGAUCCUCCGAGCCAGCAAGAACGAGGUGAUAAGCCAGCAGCUGUCAGUCAUCUUCACCCAGUGCUACGGGCCCUUUCCCAUCCCUAAGCUGACAGAGAUCAAGAAGAAGCAGACCUCGCGCUUAGACCCCCACUUCCUGAACAACAAGGACAUGUCUGAUGUUACUUUCCUGGUCGAGGGGAAACCGUUUUAUGCACAUAAAGUUCUGCUGUUUACAGCGUCACCCAGGUUCAAGUCACUGCUGCAGAACCGACCAGCAGCAGAGAACACCUGUAUUGAGAUCAGCCACGUCAAGUACAACAUUUUCCAUCUGGUCAUGCAGUAUCUGUACUGCGGAGGCACUGAGUCAUUGCACAUACGCAACACUGAAGUUAUGGAGCUCCUCUCUGCAGCCAAAUUCUUCCAGCUAGAGGCCCUUCAGAGACACUGUGAGAUCAUCUGCUCCAAGAACAUCACCACGGAAACCUGCGUGGACCUCUACAAACACGCCAAGUUCCUUGGUGCCUCGGAGCUUACUGCUUUCAUCGAGGGCUAUUUCCUGAAGAACAUGGUGCUGCUGAUUGAACUCGACGGCUUCAAGCAGCUGCUGUACGAGCCUCCUCCACCCGAGAGCCCCGUGUCCAGCCCCGGCAUCUACUCCGACAUCCUCCUCGACCUGGAGAAGACUCUGGCCAUACGCAUCCGCUCCAUCCACCUCUCCACCUCCAAGGGCUCCGUGGUGUGACGUCGUCCUCUCCGAAGCCCUCCGAUCCAGGCACAGCAUCCAUGUAACGCCACUUUUAACGCCCUGCUAUACAGCCCCGUCCACGUGUCCCACCCCCCCACUGAAGAGGGGCUGUCGGAGGUUUUUAUGUCAGGGAUUCCCUUUAAUUCUGCCUGUUGCAGCCCCCUUGAGAGUUACCGUUGGCAUACGUGACAAAAUCAGAGAGAGAACGUUCUCGCCUUGAACUCUGUUGUCCUAAUAGCUCCCACCGAUCACUUCCCACCCCCACAAUAAAAAACUGUAAAAGAAAAAAAAAAAAAAAAA